CUACUCCUUUAAGCGGGACGUACCAAGCGCUGCGGGGAUGGCUUCGGGUUUGUUAUGUGCUCUGUGGACAGCCCGCCGGCCUUGGGGGCGGUGGGGAGAGGGAGAAGCCGCGGGCCGCGCAGGGUGGCCGCCGCCAGGCGCUUCCCCUCGUCUUCCCUUGUUUUCUCGUGCUCCCAGCUCCUCCUCUGUGGGGAGGGUGAAUAGUUCAGUCCCACCAACAUGGGCCGCCACCAUGAAGAAAGCGGCUGCAGAAGAUGUCAAUGUUACUUUUGAAGAUCAACAGAAAAUUAACAAGUUUGCAAGAAAUACUAGCAGGAUCACAGAGCUGAAAGAAGAAAUAGAAGUGAAAAAGAAGCAACUUCAGAAUUUGGAGGAUGCUUGUGAUGACAUCAUGAUGCUUGAUGAUGGUGAUUCACUUCUGAUACCCUACCAAAUUGGAGAUGUCUUCAUUAGUCAUUCCCAAGAAGAGACACAAGAGAUGCUGGAGGAAGCAAAGAAAAGUUUACAAGAAGAAAUUGAAGCAUUAGAAUCCCGAGUGGAAUCAAUUCAGAGGGUGUUAUCUGACCUGAAAGUUCAGCUCUAUGCAAAGUUUGGAAAUAACAUAAAUCUUGAGGCUGAGGACAGCUAAAGGUGUUCUAAAUAUACCAUUUCCUUGUUUUAUUAAAUGUUUUGAUAACAUUGUUCCAAUUACAUUUAAAAAAAAAAAAUGCAUCACUUCCUUUUCUUUCUUUCUUUCUUUUUUUUUUUUUUUACUUUCCUGUCUUGGGUUCCAUCUAUUUAAUGAAAGCUUUCUUAUUUUGGUUAUUGCAGUUAUUUAUUUGUUCAGGAAAGCAUUAGCUUUGUACUAUUGGUAAAGCAUCCAGAUUGGAAUACUUGCAUUGUUUAUUAAAGUAAUAAAGUCAGGCACAUAUUGUAGUUUCCUUGGUCUUGUUUUCCACACGUGAAAAUGCUUAAGUAUAAAACCAAUAGAAAUGGGGAAUUUUUGAUUUGCACUGUAAUGGCUGUUUGAUAAAAAUUUCUCUGUAAUAUAUAGGAUAUGAUUCAGUUGUAAUGCUAUUUAGCUGUUUUUAGCAGCCGUCCUGGAAAUACUACAUCUAUCCUUUGUCUUUCAAUCUUAGCUCAGAUAGCAUAAACACCAUUAGCUCAGUGCACAACAUGGCAACAAGUUGACAGGGAAGUAAGGAGGAGUCUUUAAAGCUCGCAUUGGUAUUGAGGAAAAGCUUUUGGAGUCACAGUCAUAUUCAGUCAUUUACUACUUUGUAUUUGGGAAUCACAAAAGAUGCUGUAGGUCAGAAUGGUGAGUCUUAACUUCUUCUAAAUUUCCUGAACAAUAAUUUUCUAAAUCUACAUUUAUAUACCAAAUUAAUGUCAGAAUUGCUCAUAGAUGAUGUUACUAUGUCAGCAUCAAUUCCUGGAACUUUGCCUCCAUCACUAUGUGGAGUUGAAUGUAAUUUUUAAAUGUCUUAAUUUGCUGACUCCUUAUGUCCUUGAAAAAAAUUAUGUACUGUCUCACUGUAAUUCUGCUUUUGGACUUUUGUGUGCUUUGAUUAAUGUAUUGUUCCAUGGAAAUACCUGCUCAUUAUGACUUUGUUUUUAAAAAUUAAAUCUUAGCAUACUUAAAUAAUCUUUUUAAACUACUUUCCAAAACAGUGUGGACAGAGAAUUCAGUUGGCCAAAUAUUAAUCUACAGUCAUUGUUCUUAAUGUAAGUAAUCGGUGCAAGAUGAAUAUAUUUUUAUAAAGUGAUUAAUACCUA